GAAAAAGCAGUCCUUAUUUUAGAGCAUUUUCACCCUCCUAUUAGUUACAUUGAGCACCAACUCGCCUUCCGAACGUUCUAUUCCCAGUUUAGUGUUCUACGUCACAAUGCCUGAUUCGCUAUUGUUGGCAAUGAGACCGCUCACGUUUAUAGUUCAAAUGUAAACAACAAAAAAUGACCAACUCUCGAGGUCGUCCCAUUGUUUCCUAUAGGGGAAAUAUAGGCAUGUCUGUCUAAUUCGCCAAAUAUCUCGCAAUGUGUAUAUUUGGAUUGUUUUCAAGUCAGACGCCAUUUUAAUCUCGAAUCUCUUUCUAAUUAUGUAAGUCUGGGCAGCGAGCUCGGUUGUCAUCGAUCACUAGACCAGAAAUAGUCAGUUUUCAUUUUUUCCCUACUUUCUCAUUAGGCAGACACAAGCAGUUGACACCAUCGAAGUGCGGAUGUUUACUUUCUACACGAGCUGUUUUUACAUUUGUGCCAUUUAGGCGAAAUAAAAUUAUAAGCAUCACUCUCUUCAAAACAGGCUCUGCGAACGUUCCAUUCCUUGCAUUUGCUAUGGGCUCGCGCUAGUGUUCCAUUUUAGCCAACGUUCUUUUGCCGUUUUUCAGCCUUAGACUUUUGCCUGAAGAUGACAGACCGCUACAACAUUCACAGCCAGUUGGAGCAUCUUCAAUCUAAAUACAUUGGAACAGGCCAUGCGGACACCAGCAAGUGGGAAUGGUUGGUGAACCAACAUCGGGACUCGUACUGUUCAUAUAUGGGUCACUUUGACCUGCUGAAUUACUUCUCUGUUGCUGAGAACGAGAGCAAAGCCCGCGUGCGCUUCAAUCUCAUGGAGAAGAUGCUGCAGCCCUGUGGCCCACCUUCGGACAAACCUGACGAUGCUUAGUCUAAGGAGUUCAACUGGCAGGAUGUAGAAAAUGUCGUUUUUACUGUUUGGCUAUCCAUCGUGUUGAUAAGAAGUCAUGUUUGAGAUGCAUGAAAUGGAAGCAAUGUUGACAAACAAUGCAUCAGUUUUCCUUUUUCCCCCACCCAUUUGAUAUUUGCCUUGAAAAUAAACAUUGAAAAGAA